CUGCCAUUUAGUCCAUUUGCUUUUGUUUCAUCAACUCAAUCAGUAUAUGGAUCUCGGAAUUACGCGGUAUCCUUGAACUGUUUACGAAGAUGUCAGCCGAUGCAGGAGCCACUAAUGUUGCUAAUGGAGGAACUCCUCAACCGCGACCACAGAACAAGCGCCUGCAACAAACACAAGCUCAGGUUGAUGAGGUAGUAGACAUCAUGCGAGUAAACAUGGAGAAAGUUCUGGAGCGCGACGCUAAACUUAGCCAGUUGGAUGAUCGAGCAGAUGCUUUACAGGCAGGUGCUUCACAGUUCGAGGCCAGUGCAGGUAAAUUAAAGAACAAAUAUUGGUGGAAAAAUAUGAAGAUGAAUAUAAUCAUUGGUGCAGUUGUAUUAGUACUCAUAAUAGCACUAGGAUGGUAUAUAUUUGGCGGGAAGAAACAAGAAGCAGCUCCUGCACCAACAGCUUUACCUCCUCCAGUGCAACACGCCGCACCAAGUUCUCAGAGUCAGAAACAGCCGUUGAAGCAUGAAGCUUCUCACAGGCGUCGUCGGGAAGCUUCAAUGUUCGGCACUACUCCCUAAUAAUAAAACAGAAACUAUUAGCAUUCAUAGAAGUGGAAAAUUAUUCCAAUCAAUAGGACUACUCUAUCUUUUAUUUUCACGUGCUAACGCGCGAAAUCUGCAUCUGGAAACCUAAUCACUAAGUUAUCCUACUAUGCAUUAUGUCGAUGACCUCCUAUCUUCGUCUAACUUGUUUCAUUUACAAAAGAAAUCACCAUUUUGGUGUUUUGUAUGUGAUUUCCUUCCUCAUGUUAAACCUUUUGUCAGUAUCAUUUGUCUCGCGUCAGUUCUAUUAAUUUUUGCCAUUAGGGAUUGUAAAGCAUUUCACUGUUGUUUAACUCUGGAGUUAAAACUAAAAAUUCCCGUAUGAUUUGCAUUAAUUACGUUUACUUAUGUUAUCAUAAAUCAUGAAAGCUUAUGUUCAGCUUCCUCUCGUAUUACUCUUUUUCAAAUCGACAUUUGGAUAAAUACACAUAAUCAUAGUUAUAUAUAUAUUUAU